AUACAGAUUAAUAACUUAAAACGUUCUUGAAACUCCUAGAACAACGUUAAAUGUUAAACUAUGUCGGAACAUUGCAGGCCGUCUUCAAGCAACAAAACAAUGUCCCCACCCACAGAAAUUAUGCAUUAAUAGAAUAAUUAAACGCUAUGCGUCAUUCUAGACGCAACAUUGCGUGUACAACGAACAAAAAUUGUUAACUAGCGAUUAUGUUCCUAAUUUUUUAGUUGAAGGAUUAUUUUACGGAAUUUAAGAAGAAAAUACGCAUAAAUAAGUAUUAAUUUUAUUUUUUUCUCGUCCGAAUAUUGCGUAACUUUGUGCGAAGGCUGGCAGCACCGCACCUCGGCAGUGUGUCGGGCGCGCGCUGUCGAGUCGGUGCCUCGUAAAAUGGGCUUAAUAUCACUGCAUUCACGCAUAACGUUAUAAAAAUUAGAAUAAUACAAAAAUCACACAUUUAAUUAUGAUUAAAACAUAUUUAUAACACAAGUUUUAUAGGUAACAGUGAUAAGUGUUUAUUUUUUUUAUAUAAACGAAUCAUGUUCUUCGGUAGGUAAUAUAUAGUUGUAACGCCAUACGCUUAAUAAUAUAAUGAGGUUAUAGUCAAAGUGGAAAUGGAAAAAGAGUUCAGCUGAAAUACAGUUCAAAAAGGAAGGAAGAAAAGAGAAAAAAUGCGCUGGAUAUUUCCUGUGCCAGUCUUGCUGAUGUCCUGGUUCGGUGUCGACCAAGUGAAGUCAAACUCCUGCAUACGAACGGCCCGUACUAUAUACUGCUACGAAUGUGACAGUUGGACGGACCCGCGGUGUAAGGACCCCUUUAACUACACAGCCUUGCCGAGAGACCAGCCGCCCCUGCAGACCUGUAACGGGUGCUGUGUGAAGAUGGUCCGGUAUUCUAAGAGUCCGUACGAAGUGGUCCGGCGCACGUGUACCUCCCAGCUUCAGAUAAACCUGUUCAUGGUAGACCACGUGUGUAUGAUGGAAAGUACUGGCACGGGCCACAUGUGUUUCUGUGAGGAAGACAUGUGCAAUGGUGCGCGCGCGCCGAUCGCAGCACUGGCCUUGGUCGCAACACUAGUCGCAUGCGCAUGCCUCAGGUGAAGUAGGCGUAGUGACUGCCCCGAGCGGUCGAUUGUCGAUAUAAUAUGCCGAUGAAUCAAUAAGUAUUGUCGAUUUUUUACUUUCAUACGACAAUGGUUAACGUCGAGUUAAUACGUUUAACAUAAUGUCGGUCGGACAAUACGAGAUUUAUCGACAUCGACGAAAGACAACCCCUCUCCACCCACUAGUGAUGUGCAAGUGAUUAGUAAUAUAUCGAUGAAUCGACAAUCGAUCGACUGUACAUUUGGGCCCCUACCCUAGCUGGGAUUUAAUUAAAUUUUUCGUCCAAAUGUAGACGUAGCUUAGUACUGUGAUGCUUAGUUUUUCAACACGAGGUUUACUCUCGUUAAGGCGCAUCGAUUACGCUUAGCUUCAACUUUUUGAUAUCCUAGAUGUAACACUUUUAUGAGGGCUUCUUUGACUUGAAUGGAUCGGCUGAAUAUUGAGCUAUCUAGACUUAGAUUUCUAGGGCUUUUAAGCGAAGCUAGCAAGAUACUUUUGAAUCAAGACAAUUGUAUAAGAGAUUAAUUACGCAAGCACAUAUCAAUUCAUUGUUACGCAUAGGCGAAAUAUUGAGAAAUUAAAAUCAAAAUGAGUGAACAAAUACGUGGCCUGCUGCUGACCUCACGAGAGGCGUUAUCAUAUUUAUUAGAUUUACAUAUUUAGUUGGUAUAAGGCCUAAAAGACUAAGGAACUGAAGCCCUCAAAAAAAA